CCCCGCCGAGGUGGCCGUAGAAUGGAAGGGAGAUGCUGACGGGAGCGGCCACGUGUCCUUGACAGGUGGGUCUAGUGACGCGGUAAUGGAGUCGUGUCUCCACGGGGUCGUGGUCGUUUCGUUGGGGCUGUGGGUGUUUCCGUCCUCCUGCUCUGACUUCUCCGUUUCGCCCGAUCCCCUCCCCCACCUGCCAGCCCCCCGCCGGUCACCGCUCGCCGCCGCCGCCGCCGCCCACGGCAGCCAUCCAGCCGCCGGAACCCAUCCUUCCGUUUGGUGCUGGGUUCAGUUCCUGUGUCGAAACGAGUCGCGCAGAGCCGCAGACUGGGAGCUGGGGCGAGGAGACGAGGGAGGGAUGCAGCAGCUGCAGCCGAAGCAGAUGCACUGGGUUAGGGCCGACUCCUCCGACUUCGGGGGCGACCGCCCCGCCCCCCGCAGCGGGCACACGGCGGUGAGCAUCGGCAAGUCCAAGGUGGUCGUCUUCGGCGGAUUCGCCGACAAGCGCUUCCUCUCUGACGUCUCCGUCUACGACGUCGAGAAUAAGCUAUGGUACACACCUGAGUGCACAAUUAAUGGAUCCGAUGGGCAGGCAGGCCCAAGCCCUAGGGCAUUUCAUGUAGCUGUCGUCAUUGACUGCAAUAUGUUCAUCUUUGGUGGCCGUUCUGGAGGCAAGCGAUUAGGUGAUUUCUGGAUGCUAGACACCGACCUAUGGCAGUGGUCGGAGAUGACUGGCUUUGGUGAUUUGCCAUCACCACGGGAGUUUGCUGCUGCUUCGGCCAUAGGAAAUAGAAAAAUUGUUAUGUAUGGUGGUUGGGAUGGAAAAAAAUGGCUUUCAGAUGUAUACAUCAUGGACACAAUGUCACUGGAGUGGACAGAAUUAGCAGUUACCGGAUCCGUGCCGCCUCCAAGAUGUGGGCAUUCUGCAACCAUGAUUGAGAAGAGACUGCUUAUAUUUGGAGGCAGAGGUGGAGCAGGGCUGAUAAUGGGUGAUUUAUGGGCUUUAAAGGGUGUUACUGAAGAAGACAAUGAGACACCAGGUUGGACACAAUUGAAGCUUCCAGGGCAAUCUCCCUCACCACGAUGCGGCCAUUCAGUAACAUCUGGUGGACCUUAUCUCUUGCUAUUUGGAGGACAUGGAACUGGCGGUUGGCUAAGUAGAUAUGAUGUGUACUACAAUGAAUGCAUUAUUUUAGACAGGGUCUCUGUUCAAUGGAAGCGCCUACCAACAAGCAAUGAACCGCCUCCUCCUCGGGCUUAUCACUCCAUGACUUCCAUAGGGUCUCAAUUUCUUUUAUUUGGUGGCUUUGAUGGAAAGAACACGUUUGGCGAUCUGUGGUGGCUUGUUCCUGAAGAUGAUCCUAUUGCGAAACGAGGUUUAGCUCCUAACAUUGAUUCAAAUAGCAGACCUAGCACUACGACUGGUGAUGCCCAGCAACCCAACUUAAAGGAGUCACAAGCUGUGGUAUCUCCAAUAAUAGAAUUGGCCAAACGACUGGGAAUUCCGCUUUCUGAGGAAGUUUCAAUAAGUUCUGUUGAUGAAAUGGAUGAUAAAGAACUUGUGGAAUUGUCCUCUAGGCUUGCUGGUCAAUCGCUUCCAGCUAGUGACCAGGUGGCAUCAAUUCAGGUACUUCGUGAUCAUUGGAAAAGUUCUCCAGCAAGCUCACUACAACUGCAGGAGCUAGGACCUUUGCUGAGGGACUAUCAGCGUCUCAUCCUCCGGCGCUAUUCGGGAAAUCAAUCAGCAGCAUUUCAUGAAAUGGAAGCUCUCCGUUUCUUCCAUUUGAAAAGUGCUUCACAGUUGCGCAUGGAUGACAUUCCCAUCUUGUUGCGCGAGUAUGGAAGGCUGCUUUCAACAUGAGAUGUCAUCUUACCUUUUUGCUUUGUAGGUGCUUUUGAACAUAUCGUUGUGUUAGGUCGCCAUUUUCUGAUUGUAGUACUGAAUUCUUUUAGCUUUUGGCCUCAUAUAAUCAUCUUUGCUUCAGGUUCGAACUGAACAUUUGAAACUUCCGAAGAAGGCAAUGUAAAUCUUGCUGCAUAUGUGCCAUCUUACUCGACUUUUGGGUAGCAUGAUGGCUGAGGUACCAAUUCUCACCCAAUGAUAGGUCAAAGAACAUUCACAGAACUGUGCAUCAUGGACAUGUUUGUAGGACGUACGAUUUAUGAAUGACAAACUGAAGCAGCAACUCCUGUGACUGUGAUCGACA